AUGGCGCGGCUCGCGGACUACUUCGUGCUGGUGGCGUUCGGGCCGCACCCGCGCGGGAGUGGGGAAGGCCAGGGCCAGAUCCUGCAGCGCUUCCCCGAGAAGGACUGGGAGGACAACCCGUUCCCCCAGGGCAUCGAGCUGUUCUGCCAGCCCAGCGGGUGGCAGCUGUGUCCUGAGAGGAGCCCGCCGACUUUCUUCGUGGCCGUCCUCACCGACAUCAACUCCGAGCGGCACUACUGCGCCUGCCUGACCUUCUGGGAGCCAGCGGAGCCCGCCCAGGAAGCAGGGUGCACCGAGGACCCCGCCGAGAAGGAGGAGGAGGAGGAGGAGGGAGGCCCGCUGAGACCCUCACCUACGGCGCCGGGGCCCCGUGGACAGCUGUUUGCCCCCAAGACGCUGGUGCUGGUGUCCCGCCUGGACCACACGGAGGUGUUCAGGAACAGCCUGGGGCUCAUCUACACCAUCCACGUGGAGGGGCUGAGCGUGGGCUUGGAGAGCGUGGUGGGCAACCUGCUCACGUGCACCGUGCCCCUGGCUGGGGGCUCACAGAGAACCAUCUCCCUGGGUGCCGGGGACCGGCAGGUCAUCCAGACGCCACUCACUGACUCGCUGCCCGUCAGCCGCUGCAGCGUGGCCCUGCUCUUCCGCCAGCUGGGCAUCACCAACGUGCUGUCCUUGUUCUGCGCCGCGCUCACGGAGCACAAGGUGCUCUUCCUGUCUCGGAGCUACCAGCGGUUAGCCGACGCCUGCCGGGGGCUGCUGGCCCUGCUCUUCCCCCUCAGAUACAGCUUCACCUACGUGCCCAUCCUGCCGGCCCAGCUCCUGGAGGUCCUCAGCACGCCCACGCCCUUCAUCAUCGGCGUCAGUGCGGACUUCCAGGCCGAGACCCAGGAGCUGCUGGAUGUGAUUGUGGCUGAUCUGGAUGGAGGGACGGUGACUGUCCCCGAGUGUGUGCACAUCCCAGCCCUGCCGGAGCCGCUGCAGAGCCAGACGCACAGCAUUCUGAGCAUGAUCCUGGAUCCGGAGUUGGAGCUGGCGGAUCUCGCCUUCCCGCCACCCACGACAGGCGCCUCCUCCCUGAAGAUGCAGGACAAGGAACUGCGGGCGGUCUUCCUGCGGCUGUUUGCGCAGCUCCUGCAGGGCUACCGCUGGUGUCUGCACAUGGUCCGCAUCCACCCCGAGCCUGUCAUCCGCUUCCACAAGGCAGCCUUCCUGGGCCAGCGAGGGCUGGUGGAGGACGACUUCCUGAUGAAGGUGCUGGAGGGCAUGGCCUUCGCCGGCUUUGUGUCGGAGCGCGGUGUCCCCUACCGCUCCACGGACCUGUUUGAUGAGCUGGUGGCCCACGAGGUGGCUCGGAUGCGGGCGGACGAGAACCACCCCCAGCGUGUGCUGUGCCACGUCAAGGAGCUGGCGGAGCAGCUGUACAAGAAUGAGAACCCGUACCCCGCUGUGGCCAUGCAUAAGGUGCAACGGCCCGGGGAGGCCAGUCACCUGCGACGGGCACCCCGGCCCUUCCCCCGCCUGGACGAGGGCACCGUGCAGUGGAUCGUGGACCAGGCCACCGCCAAGAUGCAGGGCGCGCCCCCUGCCGUGAAGGCCGAGAGGAGGACCACUGUGCCCUCGGGCCCCCCCAUGACCGCCAUCCUGGAGCGGGGAGGCGGGCCCCACGGCAAUAGCGCGCGCCGCCUGGAGGUGGUCCGCAACUGCAUCUCCUAUGUGUUCGAGGGCAAGAUGCUGGAGGCCAAGAAGUUGCUCCCGGCUGUGCUGAGGGCCUUGAAGGGGCGUGCCGCCCGCCGCUGCCUGGCCCAGGAGCUGCACCUGCACGUGCAGCAGAACCGGGCUGUCCUGGACCACCAGCAAUUCGACUUCGUCGUGCGCAUGAUGAACUGCUGCCUACAGGACUGCACCGCCCUGGACGAGCACGGCGUGGCAGCUGCCCUGUUGCCCCUGGUCACGGCCUUCUGCCGGAAGCUGAGCCCAGGGGUGACGCAGUUUGCAUACAGCUGCGUGCAGGAGCACCUGGUGUGGAGCACGCCGCAGUUCUGGGAGGCCAUGUUCUACGGGGACGUGCAGACUCACAUCCGGGCCCUGUAUCUGGAGCCUACCGAGGACCAGGAGCCCUCCCAGGGCGGGGAGACGCCCACACAAGAGGACGAGCGCUCUGCCCUGGACGUGGCAUCUGAGCAGCGGCGCCUGUGGCCCACCCUGAGCCGCGAGAAGCAGCAGGAGCUGGUGCAGAAGGAGGAGAGCACGGUGUUCAGCCAGGCCAUCCACUAUGCCAACCGCAUGAGCUACCUGCUGCUGCCCCUGGAUAGCAGCAAGAGCCGACUGCUGCGGGAGCGGCCCGGCCUGGGAGACCUGGAGAGUGCCAGCAACAGCCUGGUCACCAGCAGCAUGGCGGGCAGCGUGGCCGAUAGCUACGACACAGAGAGCGGCUUUGAGGACGCGGAGGGCUGUGAUGUGGCCGGGACAGUGGUCCGCUUCAUCAACCGCUUCGUGGACAAGGUCUGCACGGAGAGCGGGGUCACCAGUGACCACCUCAAGGGGCUGCACGUCAUGGUGCCAGACAUUGUGCAAAUGCACAUCGAGACGCUGGAGGCCGUGCACCGGGAGAGCAAGAGGCUGCCCCCCAUCCAGAAGCCCAAGCUGCUGCGGCCGCACCUGCUGCCGGGCGAGGAGUGUGUGCUGGACGGCCUGCGCGUCUACCUGCUGCCGGACGGGCGCCAGGGCGGCGCGGGGGGCACUGGCGGGGGCCCUGCCCUGCUCCCAGCCGAGGGUGCCAUCUUCCUCACCACCUACCGGGUCAUCUUCACGGGGUUGCCCACUGACCCCCUGGUGGGGGAGCAGGUGGUGGUCCGCUCCUUCCCAGUGGCCUCGCUGACCAAGGAGAAGCGCGUCAUUCUGCAGAACCCUGUGGACCAGGUCAGCCAGGACGGGCUGCAGCUGCGUUCCUGCACCUUCCAGCUGCUGAAGAUGGUGUUCGACGAGGAGGUGGGGUCCGAUGGCACAGAGCUCUUCCGCAAGCAGCUGCACAAGCUCCGCUACCCACCUGACAUCAGGGGCUCCUUCGCCUUCACGCUGGGCUCUGCCCACGCACCCGGUCGGACACCCCGCGUCACCAAGGAAAAGGGUCCUUCCCUCAAGACCCUGUCCCGGAACUUCAUGAAAAACGCCAAGAGGACCAUGGGGCGGCAGCACAUCACCCGGAAGAAGUACACCCCACCCAGCUGGGAGCAGCAGGGGCAGCCGCCCCCUGAGGACCAGGAGGACGAGAUCUCAGUGUCGGAGGAGCUGGAGCCCAGCACGCUGACGCCAUCGUCGGCCCUGAAGCCCGCGGAGCGCACGGCCACCAGCAGCCUGGUGGAGCGUGCCUGCUGCCGGGACUACCAGCGCCUGGGCCUGGGCACCCUCAGCAGCAGCCUGAGCCGCGCCAGGUCUGAGCCUUUCCGGGUCUCCCCGGUCAACCGCAUGUACGCCAUCUGCCGCAGCUACCCAGGGCUGCUGAUCGUGCCUCAGAGCGUCCAGGACAACACUCUGCAGCGCGUUGCCCGCUGCUACCGCCAGGGCCGCUUCCCCGUGGUCUGCUGGCGCAGCGGGCGCUCCAAGGCCGUGCUGCUGCGCUCCGGCGGCCUGCAGGGCAAGGGUGUGGCCGGCCUCUUCAAGACCCAGAACGCGCCCUCCCCAGGCCAGUCCCAGGCAGACUCGAGCAGUCUGGAACAGGAGAAGUACCUGCAGGCUGUGGUCAGCUCCAUGCCCCGCCACGCCGACGCCUUGGGGCGCAACACUCUCAGCGGCUUCUCCUCGACCCACACAGGCAGCCACGUGCCCAGCCCCAGAGCCAGGGUCACCACGCUGUCCAACCCCAUGGCGGCCUCGGUCUCCAGAUGGACCGGUCCCCGAGGUAAAUGGGGCAGCGUCCGGGCCAGUGGGCGCAACAGUGGGCUCGGUCCUGACGUGGGCCCCCGGCUGGCCAGCCGGGACAUGCUGGGGCCCCAGGCCAAUGGGGCCCCGCCCGACCCAGGCUUCCUGCGACCACAACGAGCAGCCCUCUACAUCAUCGGGGACAAAGCCCAGCUCAAGGGUGUGCGGCCAGACCCCCUGCAGCAGUGGGAGCUGGUGCCCAUCGAGGUGUUCGAGGCGCGGCAGGUGAAGGCCAGCUUCAAGAAGCUGCUGAAGGCCUGUGUCCCGGGCUGCCCGUUGGCUGACCUCAGCCCCAACUCCUUCCUGCGCUCCCUGGAGGACUCGGAGUGGUUGGUCCAGAUCCACAGGCUGCUGCAGGUGGCCGUGCUGGUGGUGGAGCUCCUGGACUCGGGCUCUUCCGUGCUGGUGAGCCUGGAGGACGGCUGGGACAUCACCACCCAGGUGGUGUCGCUGGUGCAGCUGCUCUCGGACCCGUUCUACCGCACCCUCGAGGGUUUCCGGCUGCUGGUGGAGAAGGAGUGGCUGUCCUUCGGCCACCGCUUCAGCCACCGCGGGGCCCACACCCUGGCGGGGCAGAGUGGCGGCGUCACCCCGGUUUUCCUGCAGUUCCUGGACUGUGUGCACCAGGUCCACCUGCAGUUCCCCAUGGAGUUCGAGUUCAGCCCGUUCUACCUCAAAUUCCUGGGCUACCACCACGCGUCCCGGCGCUUCCGAACCUUCCUGCUCGACUCGGACUACGAGCGCAUCGAGCUGGGGCUGCUGUACGAGGAGAAGGGGGAGCGCAGGCCGCAGCAGGCCUGCCGCUCGGUGUGGGAGUACGUGGAGCGGCUGAGCAAGAGGACGCCCGUCUUCUACAACUACAUGUACGCGCCUGAGGACGCGGAGGUCCUGCGGCCCUACAGCAACGUGUCCAACCUGAAGGUGUGGGACUUCUACACCGAGGAGACGCUGGCCGAGGGCCCGCCCUACGACUGGGAGCUGGCCCAGGGGCCCCAGCCCCCCGAGGAGGAGCGGCCUGACGGGGGCGCCCCCCAGAGCCGGCGCCGCGUGGUGUGGCCCUGCUACGACAACCGGCCCCGUGCGCAGCCCGACGCCAUCUCCCGCCUGCUGCAGGAGCUGCAGAGGCUGGAGACGGAGCUGGGCCGCCCCCCCGAGCGCUGGAAGGACGCCUGGGACCGCGCCAAGGCCUCACAGCGCCUGGAAGGCCGGGCAGGCGGCCGUGGCACCCCCAGCUCCCUGCUGGUGUCCAGCGUCCCCCACCACCGCCGCUCGCUGGGUGUGUACCUGCAGGAGGGGCCGGUGGGCUCCACCCUGAGCCUCAGCCUGGACAGUGACCAGAGCAGCGGCUCCACAGCCUCGGGCUCACGCCAGGCCGCCCGCCGCAGCACCAGCACCCUGUACAGCCAGUUCCAGACCGCCGAGAGCGAGAACAGGUCCUAUGAGGGGACGCUGUACAAGAAGGGGGCCUUCAUGAAGCCCUGGAAGGCCCGCUGGUUCGUGCUGGACAAGACCAAGCACCAGCUGCGCUACUAUGACCACCGCGUGGACACGGAGUGCAAGGGCGUCAUCGACCUGGCCGAGGUGGAGACUGUGGCGCCUGGCACGCCCACCAUGGGCGCCCCCAAGACCGUGGAUGAGAAGGCCUUCUUUGACGUGAAGACCACGCGCCGCGUUUACAACUUCUGUGCCCAGGACGUCCCCUCGGCCCAGCAGUGGGUGGACCAGAUCCAGAGCUGCCUGUCGGACGCCUGAGCCGCCCCGACCCGGGGGCAGGGCCCCGGCCAUGUUUACACCCCCGCCCGCGACAGUAUUGCGGCCCCUCUGCACAGCCCCGCCGCCGCCGCGCGGCUCUGACCUACUCGGAGUCGUGGGCGCGGCCCGCAGGGGCCCCGGUACGCCCCGGGGGGCCUGU